UGGCAACCUCAAGAGUCAGCUGACCUGCUGAGGACAGACAGAGGAGGCGCAUCGCAGCGCAGCUCUACUGUAACAAAAGAGAUCGAUCCCUGAGACUUUAAUGAGCGAUCAUGAGCGGCACACAAUCCUACAGUCGCUUCAGUGAUGAAAACUACAAAAACUGGCUGAAAACAACGGAGAGCCUUUACAUUCUGAGGAGCCGCAUUCAGGGCUUCAUCGAAAAGGAAACCGAAACCUAUCACAAUUCUCUUCGAAACAAACCUCAGCUCAAUAGACAGAGCUGUGCGCUGAAGUGCGAGCGUGUGAAUAAGCAUCUCUGCCGGUUGUGUGAACGCUGGAAGAAGGAAAUCAUUGCCAAUCAUAAUGGGAAUGAUAAUCGUAUGUACUGGGACAACUGCCAGCCUCAUCUAUGGCCCACAGAUAAGUGGGAAGUUGCCAAAGCACAUAUGCCACGUGGGCAGACGAAACAUCGCAAGUUUGACCAGUUUGAUAUCGCUGCCAUCCUAAACUUCAUGAAUUUCUGCAAACAUUUCAAGAACAUCCCAGGACAGUGUGUGAGAAACGUAAUAACUGUACGGAACAGUGUAAUGCAUUCACCUGACUUCAAAGUGAGCAAUGAGGAUAUGAAAAAGCAUCACGGAACGCUCCUGCAGCUGGCCGAGACGCUUCAACCUCAUGUCCCAGAAAUGAAAGACUUGGAAAAGGAGAUAACACAGUUUUACAACAUCCUGGACAGGAAUUUCAAUCAAGCCCCGUGUGAGGUAGAUGGCCAACAGGAAGAUCUCCAGACCGUGAAAGACCGCCAGAAUGUUCUGAACCGUGAGCAGCAGGCCAUGAAAGAUAGGAUUGAAGACUUUAUCUCGCGCCUCGAGGGGAACCGAGAUGAAAAUGUCAAUGAAAAAACCCAGGACAUGAAGAGUCUCCUGGAGUUCCUGGACCAAAACAAAGAUCUCCUGGAGAACCUGGGUCCUGAAGUCGACAAACUUAAAGAGAUGCAGGCAAAAGUAGAUCAACACGAGGAGCAGAUCAGCCACCUGACAGGAAGAGUGGACCAUCUGGAGAAAGUGACACAUGAUCCAGUGUUUCCUGGCAACCCGCUUAAAUACAAAAACCAUCUUUAUGAAUAUUGUCAGGCAAAGAAAUGGCCAGAGGACAAAUUUCCUGUUUUUACAGAGGAUCAAGAAGCCCAAGGUUACAGAGGUAAAGUGACAGUAAAUGGACAACGUUUCAUUGGCGAAAGGGUGUUCAACGAAAAAAAGGCCGCCCAUCAGGAGGUCGCAUUCAUUGCCCUCAAGCAGCUGAAAUUACAGAAAGAAAGCACAGAUGAACCGUCAAGCUCAGCCAUGCACUCUGAGGCCUCCUCUUCAUCUUCCUCAGGAAUCACUUUCUUUGGUAAAGUGACUGUGGAUCUCAGUCGAGAAGUUGCGUCUGAUAGAUGCUCUACAAAGGAAGAAGCGACCGAAGCAGCUUAUAAGCUUUUAUGGGAAAGUUUUUGCAUUAGUGCUCCAAUAGAAGAUCAGACAUACAAGUCAGUGAUGAUGGAAUAUUUCAACACAAAUGGGUUCCCAAAACCAAUAGAAGAUUUUAAAGACGGCACAACCAUCUGCAAGCUCAAACUCGUCGGGCCUUUUACUUUUUGUGACAAAGAUGGCUCCACCAAGAAGAAACAGGCGGAGCAACAGGCAGCUAAAGUUGCUCUGCAGCAUCUGUCAGGGAUCCUCAACUGUCCUCCGAUAUCAGAUACUGAGAAGAACUUCAAAGGUGUUCUGAAGGAGCGACUAGAGACACUGGGUCUAAAAAAUCCUGUUUAUGACACGGAUAAUAAAACAGAGGUCAGUGAAGAGCCCAUGUCCAUCGACAUCAGCUCGGAUCUGAUUACUUCUACAGUAUCCAUCAGUGAGGCCAAAGAGAAAGAUCAUUCAGAGUCUAAAAGCAUCUCCACAUCAGGCCAAAAGUCAGUCUUUGUUUCUGUGCUGCCGGACCCUCCAGACUCCAGCUCUCCAGCCUUACUGAGGAAAAAGCCCAGGAUUGAUUGUCCAGAAAUCAAUGAGCUGUUGAAUGUAUAUAAUCUCAAGCCACCACAAGUGAACAUGGAGAACAUAAAAUAUGAUCAUAAUUUCAAAUGUACUGUGACAGUCAACCUGGAAAACUAUACUUGUGUUAACAAACAACAAGGUUACGACUCUAAGAGAGAAGCCACUCGAAAAGCCUACUUGUUGUUCGGCCGUGCGAUGGAAAUUUUGGAUCCUAGCUCAGAUGAAAAGAUGUGCAUUGCGCUGGUGAAGCAGCACUUUUCUCAGAGGUCUCUUCCUCUUCCUCAGGAAGAAGUUGAAGAAUCUGAAAAGUCAUUUUACUGCUCACUAAAGAACAUAACUUACGAUGUGAAGUAUGACGGACAAGGAUCUUCAGAGGAUCAAGCCAAGUUACGUACUCUCCAGAAAGCCUUACAUUUAUUAUCACCUCUCUUUGGUUAUCCUUCACUACCUGGAGCUGAUAGUGCUGAAGAGGUGCAGAAUCAGCUGCGCUCAAUACUGAACAGGGCCGGUCAGAGAGAGCCGGUCAUUGACCUGAAGUCUGAGGAACGGGCCUCUAUCCAGCUGUCUUUCUGUGACUAUACGCUGAAGUGCACAUGUCAAAGCAACAAGAAAGCAGCUAAAAAACAUCUCAGUGAACGCAUACUGGGUCUGCUGGGGGUAAAGACAGAAGCAGACAAUGCACCUUUGAGAAACUCUGUAGAUGAGUGGUUCAAAAAGCAGAUUCUGCCACAGCCAGUGUUUGAGGACACAGAAGAGGCACUUGGAGCAAAGGCUACUUUCUCUGCUCCGUUAACCUGCUGCAGUCCAGGCUGGGAAGACAGCUGGGAAGCUGCAAAGUCGAAGCUGCUUCAAGAGCUCAAGCUCAGAUUUAGAUUUCUGGAUGACAAAAACAAUUGAAAUUUAUUUUAGCUGGAAAAAAAUUGGUCUGGAUGUCCAAGUCACCUACUCUAACUUGACUUGUCCUGGUGAAGAUUCUCAAACCUGGCUUGCAAUUUUAUCUAUUUUAAGCUGUUGUUUUUCAAUACAAAUAUAGAUUUACAUUCAUAAAUGUACAUUUAUUUAUUACAUUUUACAUUUUCCUGGGAUUUAAACCAAUGGCCAUGACAUUGAGAAUGAAACUAGAGAUUUUUUAAGGAUUUAUACCAGAGGUAUACCAACUAAACCAUUUUAACAUCAGAAGAAAAUUACAAAUCAAAGAAGUGUACUGUAAUUGUAUCGAAUGAAAAACGAAAGAAAAAAAAAUUGAAUUUUCCAAAAGGCACUGAUAUUGCACUGACUAAAAUUCCUUCAAAUUGCAUUGAGAUUCAGUUUCAGGGGUUUGUUGUCUUUGCUGGAAAACCAAUUUUAAUCAACUACUGUGAGGUGAGCUACAUUAUUAACAGUUUGAUUGGUCAAGUGAAUCUGCAGAGUCAUUUUACAGUAUUUACUUGUGUUGAGAAAUUGCAGUAUACUGUACAUGAAUCAGAUCUUCAUAAGCUUACAAGAAAAAAAACUGAGCCAUACGAAGUGAGUUUUAAACCCCAGCUUCUAUGUUUUGUAUAUUUAUUCAUCGUUUAGAUUAAUAUUGCCCUUGAACUGUUGCCAUUUGAAAGCUGUUUACAAAGAACUACAAUUUUUUUUUUACAAAACGCUAUAGUUUAUCAAGUAUAGUGAGGAUAUAAAAAGCAUUAUUGAUUUAGUAAUAAUGCAGUUUUUUUAAUGUAUUACAGUUGCUCUUUGGAAUAUUUGAUUUUAAUCGGUACGUUCGCAAUAUUCAUGUGUAUUUCUAAAUAUUGACCGUUGUCCAGUACUACACUGUAUAACUGACUUAGGCACACAUCUCUACAAAUAAAAUAAGUUAUUAUUCAAAUCAGUAUUUCAUGUCCACAUUUUCUUUUAAAUGGUAAGAUAAUAAUUCACAAUAAAUACCAAAAACCUAAUAGUAAAAUUAAUAGGAUGUUGAAUUUUGCUCUAAUAUACCGACCCAGACAAGUGUAAUUAAUGAAGUCCUUAAACUUGACACAAUAUGAAGUGUUGUUUAAUGAACUGACCACAAGAUGUCAAUGAAGCGCUACAGUCUGAAUGUUGUUGUAAUGAUGGAGAGUGAAGGAAUGCAUGUCAGGUUUUAUUCCAGCAGGAUGUUAAAGCUACUCUGGGUCAGGAUGUUCUUUCUGGAUGUUCUUCACACCCAGGACUCACCAACUUAUGACACCAGCUUCAUCCAAACAUACAAUACUGUCUACAGCUCAUAUUCCUCUAGUGAUUACCGCUGUGAGGAGUGAUUUCAAUGCACAAACAUAUUUUUCAUGUUCAGGAAAUGAUGGAACCCUGUCCUGAUCAAUUAAGAUAUCAUGACAACAAAUUAAGAAUUUGAUCCCUUGUUUUAUCUAAUAUUCAUACUUCAGAAGUCUGUUGUAAUUUUAUUUCUUUGAAAAAUACAUUGAGGAGAAAAGAGGACAAUGACAACACGGCGACAGACAAUACAGAGCAGCUUUCAAAUUUGGUCAUUUUUUAUAGAAAUUCAAACAAUAAAUACGAUUUAACGUGCCGUUCAAAUGGCAUGUGAACCAAUCAUCUCUUACUCUUCUCUUAUAGCAUGAAAUAAACAUGAAUGAACAUCAGAAGGUGUCGUAUUUCAACAGUGGAAACACGUCAAUACACACAGUUUUUCAAGUUCAAGUCCAUGGACAUUAAUCUACUCUCUUGUCUGGUUUGUUUGUCGAACAAAAUGGAGCAUUCGGCGUUAUGAUUGGUCAAAUCGCCUGUCAAUUAAACUCCCUGCAAAGGGUCAGUUGAGCAGCUUGCACAUUCUACUAAACAUCUCAUUUUGUGUUCUACAAAACAAAUCAAAUAAAUGAUGAAAGAGA